GGCCGUUUCGAGAUAUUAUGCUUGUCAGGUUCAUAUUUAAUUGCUGAAGAUGGUGGUCCUCGGAAUCGAACUGGUGGUGUAAGUGCUUCCCUUUCUAGUCCUGAUGGUCAUGUGUUUGGUGGUGGAGUUGCAGUGCUUAUUGCUGCCAGCAUUGUUCAGGUGGUAGUAUGCAGUUUUGUAUAUGGUGGUUCUAAGACCAAGAACAAACAAAUAGCCAUGCCUGAAAGUGAUAUGAAUUCUACACCCCAGCUUAGUAAUAAAUCAGCUACCCCAAUUCGUGCACCUGUCUCUCAAAAUUUCUCCUCCCCUGCAAUCAAUGUCUGGCCUGGUUCUCGACUCGUUGAUUUGAGAAACCCCCAUACUGAUAUUGACUUGACGCGUUGAUGAUAAUUUGCUGCGACAAACACAUGGUGAUUUGUACAUAUGUGUUGUUGUAAAUGUACUGAACCUGUGAAAUCUAUGAACUUCUGAAAUCCAACCUAUUUGCCCAGUAGGGGUACCGGGUUUGUGCUAACUUAGUUUGUAACAAAGUCACCAUCUUUAGGUUCUCAAAUAACAGUGAGAACUUGUUGAAAUUCUUUUAGCAGAUUGGAGUUAAAGAUGUUUAGGAGAGGAAAAGUCUGUUGUCUUCAUAGUUAACCACUGUUUGCUCUUGGCCCCUAGAUUAUGUUGUAUCUAUUUCUUAUUUCCAUUUUUCAGUUAA